UGCUAAAUGCAGAGAACCCAUUCCAUUUCCAGGUGGCAUUUGUUCCUCACUUGGGCACAAGGUCAACCAGACUCCCUACAUUCAGGCAGAACCUUCAGAAAAUAAGCACAUUGCUUAAUCGUGCUAUCUGUUUCGUCCUUAUCCUUUCCACGUCAAAACUAGGCUUUGAUUGUUCUGUAUUAAACAAAAUCCGAUACAAGAGUUGCUGUUGACCAUGAACGCUGAUGAGACCCAGCCGCUAGAGCCGUCUCUGCCGCCGUCCAGGCCGUCGAGCUGGAGCAGCAGCGGGAGCAACGGCGGUGUCGAGUACACGAGCCUCCGGGAUAUGCUCGCCGAGGCCGGUGCCGGUCCCGGGAGCGGCGGCGGCAGUUUCUGGGACACGGCCGGCCCCACGAUCGACUUCGACGCGUCCAACAUCAACAUCCGCAACCAACUGCUGAAGCACGCCGCGUCGGCGUACCUCCAGUCGGCGAUCGUCGUCCCGCCGCGGGACCGUGGGUGCCUCAGCAGAUUGUGGACGUGGCUGCUGCACCGCCGGCGGUGCCGCAUCCUGCUGCGCCCGUGUCCGGAAUGCUGCAGCGCCGGGGACCCAGCGCGCCUCUGCGCCGCGUCCGUCGCCGGCUCGGCGCGCCGGCUCGGCGCCUUCCUCUCCGGCUGCGUCGCUCGCGUGUGGACAUAGAAACAUGCGUCACCGACUCGCCAUCGAUUGGAGGUGAGGUGAAUGCUAGAUUUGUAAUAGCUGAAAACAUACGAUGCGAUUGAACAGAUAGAUUGACGGCGGAGGCCGAAGGAAGGAGAUGGUGAGAUGUUC